GACAAUAACAGUCACCUGUUAGUGAAUUCAUUAUCUAAGCGAUGAAUGUCCAUCUCUUCAUAGGUCCAUGGAUGAACAGAUUUUCAACCGCACCAAUUUUAUUUCCAGUUUUCGGAUGUAGAUCGACUGAGCAAGAAUAAUACCAGUUCUUUAAUGACCUAUUAUCAGACAGAUAGCCAACAGUCCUUUUCAGGACCGUCUUUUACCACCAUGCAAAUCUUUAACGCUCACAAGAAUUCUCCACUUUCAUAAAUAAAACUUUGCACUUCGUUAACUUUGAGCUAUGCCAAAGAGGCAUAAAUAAACAAUCUCUUUAUAUCAAGGUCUUAUAUUCUUUGAGGGCCUGGCGGAUUUGCGGACUGGGCCAGAAUGAAUGGAUUAUAAGAAAAAAAAUUGCAUCAAAUCAAGGUAGAAGCGGCAAGAGACCCAAUUCAAUGCCGGUCAGUGCAUCGAUAAACAUUUCUUCAUUUUCGGAAAAGCAUCGGAUAUUAUGAAGAUCUUCGCCCUCGUACUCUUGGCUCUUGGCCCAAUCUUCGGGAUCUCCAGAGGAGAUGCAGUGGAUGGACUAGUUCGACUAAAUAAUAGAGGUUCUACGGACACAAACGCCGGCAUUUUGGAGGUCUACUACGAAGGGAUAUGGAGAACAGCAUGUGCAGCUCCAAACUGGAACUCCGACGCCGCUACGGUCGCAUGUCGUCAACUUGGAUUCGCUGCUUCUGCCGACGUUGCGAACCCAAUGGAUUAUUACAGCGAAAGCGACAAUCAGCAAGCCCACGCACUAUUGGAUGAUGGCCUGUUUUGUAUUGGUACAGAACAGUUCCUUGCAGAUUGCAUGGAAGAAAGGCCGCAUAUUGGAGAAAGGUGCCCCAACGGAGAGAAAUUCGCAGCUGUUAAUUGCGCAGAAAACAAAAAGGCAGAAGACUAUGGAGAUCUCAAACUUCGGGCUGUCCAACUUCUUCUUAACCUUUUCCAUGGGACUAAGAAGUAGUUCGCUUCACUUUCUGAUCAGAUGGCGACACAAAUGUGUUGGAGGAUAGAUCCAGUCUCAAUUCAUAUUGUAAAUCCUUUAGAUGAACCAAUGAACCAAUCGAAAAUUAGAUUAAUAUUUAUUUUUUUUAGAUUCAGCAAUAAGGCUUUUACUCUAUUUUUUAAUGGUUGGUCCCCUUUAAUUGCUUUUCAUUCUUUGGUAUUUAAGAGAAGAUUAAUUUGUUUGUAGAGGCCUAAUAAGUGAUUGUUUUUGUAUCUAUCACUUCACUCUCAUCAUUAGUAUAAUCAUUAAAAUCCGAUUUGAAUGUUUUCAUUUUAAAUCGAAAUAUUAGUUAUAUUAUCGAUGUUUUGAUAUAUAAAUUUACAUGAAAUAUGUCGGACUAUCGUGGAAAAAUAAAUCUGAUCACCACUCGGAA